AAUACAUUGCAAACCUGGCCAAAUCUUUAUUCUUAUAUUCCUCCAAUUUUAUAACAUAUUAUGCUUAACUAUUAAAGUUAGGAGUUAAAGAACAAGGUACCUAACAUUAUUUUUUGCAUCAACUUUGAAUUGUAUAGGAAAAUGGUUAGAAACUAUGGUUUCCUUGUAUGUAUUGUUGUCAUUCUCAUGGAUGUUGUUGCUGGCAUACUUGGAAUUCAAGCAGAAAUAGCUCAAAAUAAGGUGAAGGAUUUGAAGAUUUGGGUACUAGAGUGUAGGGACCCAAGCUACCAAGCUUUCAAGCUAGGACUGAGUGCUUCAAUUCUCUUGGUCUUAGCUCAUGCAAUUGCUCACGUACUUGGUGGGUGCAUUUGCAUAAAGUCUAAAGAAGAAUACAAAAGAGCCACAUCCAAUAGACAAUUAGCAAUGGCUUUCCUCAUUUUCUCAUGGAUAGUAUUAGGAGUUGCAUUCUCCAUGCUGAUCAUAGGAACAUUAGCAAACUCAAAAUCAAGAGAAUCUUGUGGGAUAUCAAAUCAUCGGUUUUUAUCCAUUGGAGGGAUUUUAUGUUUCAUUCAUGGAUUGUUUACUGUUGCUUAUUAUGUUUCAGCAACGGCCACAAGAAGGGAAGAAUACAAGUGACAAGGAAAUGUAGUAGACAUUCUUAAUUAUUUUUGUGCGUAAUUGUAUUUUGGUGAUUUUGUGGGUAA